UAGCAGAAGGGGAGUUCAUUUUGUAAACAUGAACGAGAAGAGUUCACCGGCAGGCUAGUGUGUGACACCUUCAUCGUUAACUUUGAUGAUCAUCAUGUCACUUAUGUUUCGUGCAAAUCUGAUCGAUAAGGAGUGAAUUAUGGAAUUAUACCAAGCAGAGGAUAACUAUAUUAUCCAGGAUAAGGACUCCAGCUUGUGGUGCAGUCGAGUGGACGGAAAAUUAGUUCCACAACCAGGGUCAGCCCUUGGUAAUGCUUGGAAUCCUGUCUGUCUGGGUAAAGUGUUUGGAGUGAUCGGCAAACUACGCAUUCAUCCAGAGUCGGAAUGGAGACUGCUUCUCAUCCGGAGCCAUCGUCUGGUGGGUCAGCUGCCCAAGGGACAUGACGUCUACUGCAUCACUCGCAUUGCCGUUUUACCACUCUCACAAAAUGGACAUCCAGAUAUCGAAAUUGAGAGAUGUGAUAAGCACCACUUUGGGAUCCGUCAGAAGGCUAACUUGAUACUAGGUCCAGCAGAAGGUCAACAGAAAUCACUUGCCAAAACAUGGAAUAGCAUCAAGUCAGUGGCACAGGUCAAAAAGAAAGAGGUAAAGGAGCGGGAGAAACUUGAGAGGCGGAUUCUGGAGGAGCUGAAUCGCAUGUUUACAGAGUCCGACUGGUUUUACUACAGUCCUACAGGUGACCUGACAAACUCGAUCCAGAGGCAUCACACCCAUAAAGGAGCAGGUUAUGAUGAAAGGUUCUUCUGGAACCAGCACAUGCUUCAGGAUAUCUUAGAUACCCAGAACAAAGAGCUAGCAAGGCCAUGGAUCAUCCCCAUUGUCCAGGGAUGUGUUCAGAUUCGGGAGUGUCGCAUGACAUUUGCUCCAGAGGAAGGAGCCCAGAGCGGAGGCAGCGGUGCAGACAGCGAUGACUCGGACAUCAAAUUCAACCUCAUGCUCAUCUCUAGGAGAAGCAAGUUCAGAGCAGGAACCCGAUACAGGAGAAGAGGAAUAGAUGAGAGUGGGGCGUGUGCUAACUAUGUGGAGACGGAGCAGAUCCUACAGACUGCAGAACACUCGGUGUCCUUCGUCCAAGUCCGAGGGUCAGUACCGGUCUUCUGGAGCCAGCCCGGCAUCAAGUACAAACCUCCUCCAAGAAUCGAUAGAGAUGAUGAUGAGAGCCAGGAAGCUUUCAAGACGCACUUUGAGGAGGACCUGCAGCGAUACCGUCAUGUAGCAAUCAUCAGUCUCAUCGAACAGGCCGGCAGAGAGGCUAUCGUAGGCUCAGCCUUCAUGAAGCAUGUUCUACUGUAUGACAGCCCCAAGCUAACCUACAUCACAUUUGACUUUCAUGAAUACUGUCGAGGCCUACGUUUUGAUAAAGUGUCUGUUCUUCUUGAGAGCAUCCGAGACGUCAUCAAGGAAAUGAGAUAUUGCUGGUAAGUGGACACCAGGGGA